AUGUUAGAAUUUUCUAAUUUCUUCAAAUAGUCAUAUAAAAAGAUAAUUCCUGCCUUUGUGAUUACUAUUUACGCUGAUUACUAAAGGAAGAAAUGGUUUAAUGACUAAUCUUAUGUAAAAACAAUAUUAGUUUUAGGUCCAACUGGUGUUGGUAAAUCUACUCUCUGUAAUUGCAUUUUAGAUGCUAAUAAUUAUUUUAAAUCAAGUAGCAGCUUUAAGAGUUAAACUAAAUAGAUUCAGCAACACUCUAAAUAAAUUAUAAAUGAAAAAAAUCAUAGUAUAAAAAUAAAUGUUAUUGAUACUCCAGGUUUAUUUGACCAUGAAAGAAGUAACAAGGAAAUAAUUAAUGAAAUAACCUAGAUAAUUAAAAAUAAUAAUGUUGAUCAUAUAAUCUUAAUGCUUUAAUAUUCUCUGAGAGCAAAGCCUUAAGACCAAAUGCUAUUUAAAAGUAUGAAUUACUGCAUUCCUAUAAACAACAAGAAUUCAUCUGUUAUAGUUAACUUUGUAUUUCCUUCUUAAAAUUUCAAUUUUGAAAAAAAUGAAUCAGAAAGUCAGUCAGAACAAAGUAACAAAGAAGAAGACUAUGUAAAUUAUAUUAAAAACCUCUUUUCUUAGUCAUCUGUUUAUCAAAUCUCAAUAGAAAAAUCUAAUCAAUAAAUCAAAGAGUUUUAAAAUAUAAAAAAUAAACUUUUUAAUGACGUACUUGAAAAUUCAUCUAUUGAUGAUUAACAAGUAAAAACAUGGUCAGAAAAAAUGAGUGAACUUGAGUAAAGGGACUAUGAAGCCAUGAUCACUGAUUAUUGUAAAUAGUUGACUGACCUUUAGAAAGAGAGGGACAAGGUACUUAAAAGAUUCGACAUGAAGAAAAAAUAUCUAAAUGGAACUGCUCUAGGGACUGUUGCAGCAGGUGUAGGUGUAUUAUUUAAAUAUACAUUCAGAGGAGCGUUUUUAAUAGGAACUCCUUUUGCUCUUUAUGCUAGCAACUAUUUUGAUAUCUUAAAACCUGAAGUAUAAAUAAUUGAAGAGUAUACAUAAAAAAUAAAUCAAAAAGAAGAAUUAAUAAAACAAAAAUAAGCAUCAAAAAAAAUAGACGAAAAUUACAUAAGCAAAGAAUACCAGUUUUUUUUAGAUUUUAGCAACAGCACUGUAAAUUGA